AUGUCGAAGAAGCAUUGUGACACCAUUCGGAAGCAAUGGCAUAUUAUUGUUGAUGGUGAUGACCCUCCGCCGCCUAUCAAGACUUUUAAGGAGAUGAGAUUUCCUGAACCUGUAUUGGAGGAGUUAAAAUCGAAGGGCCUUUUUCAACCCACACCAAUCCAAGUGCAAGGGCUUCCUGUUAUUUUGUCUGGCAGAGACAUGAUUGGUAUUGCAUUUACUGGUUCGGGGAAGACAUUGGUUUUUGUCUUGCCCCUCACAAUGUUGGCCCUGCAGGAAGAGGAAAUGAUGCCUCUUGAACAUGGAGAAGGCCCGUUUGGGCUUGUAGUUUGCCCUUCUAGGGAGCUCGCGAGGCAGACUUACCAGGUUGUGGAGCAGUUUCUGAUUCUGCUAAAGAAGGAUGGAUGGCCAGAACUGAGACCAUUACUGUGCAUUGGAGGGGUGGAUAUGAAAUCACAAUUGGACGUUGUUAAGCAGAGUCUUCAUAUAGUUGUUGCCACUCCAGGGAGGCUCAAGGAUAUGCUUGCCAAGAAGAAAAUGAAUCUGUAUAACUGCAGGUUUCGUGUUAUCCACUCCCUCCUAUUGUUUGUUAUGUACAUGCCCCCAACACCCUUCUUGCUUCUAGUUCUCUUUGAGGAAAUCAUUUAUAUUUAUGUGUAG